AUGGCAUUCCACACGCUCCCGCGGCGGAGCAGCCCUCACCCCUUCACCCCGAAUGGAGCAGAGGACGGCGGAGGCGGCCUGCAGGGAGACAUGGGCGCGCUCAAGCGCAGCACGUCCAUGUUCAUCCCACAGCUCCUGAGCCCCUUCGACGCGCGGCCCACCCGGAGCUCGUCCGUGCAGAUCUCGCUGCAGCGCAAGGCGGCCGACGGGGCCCCUGACGGGUGCGGGCUGGCCGAGGCCUUGGACGGCGACGCGGGCUCGGCCCCUCGGGGCGGCUGUCCGGAGCCCCCAGAGCCCGAGAGUCCCGAGAGCUCCCCUCCCAGAGCGGCGAGGGCUCCGGGCCCGCAGGUCAACGGUAUGUGUGGCCGCCAAGUGCUGGGCCCUGUAGCCCCCGACGGCCUCGGGGAGGCCGAGCCCUCUGCCGUCGGGGGCCGGGAGGGCGGCGGCGGACUCCGCAUCCAGCACCGCGCCUCCAGCGCAGACGUGCGACAGGUGAGGCUGACGCCCUUCGGGGCCGACGGCCAGAGCGGCCCAUCGGCGCCGGAGCCCAGGCGCUGGUCCCUGCAGCAUGUUCCAGAUGCUUCUGGAAGUUCCGGGAAGCGGUGCUUUGUCUUCCAGUUGCAGCAGCCGCAAGCCGGCGCGCCAGGGCUGGCCGGUGACUUCAACUUUGGGUUCACUGGCACCAAGGGGGACAGGUUGGUGAGGUAUCCCCGCAUUCGUCUGGAGAGGAGCACUUCGUACCCCACACAGCCCCGGGCUGAGCGUGGGAGCCCCACGGAAGAGCGCGGCCACCCGGGCCACCCAGAGACGCCACCUCGGGGCCGCAGGGUGGCUCCCGAAAUCCACAGGACCAACUCCGUGGAAAGGACGCCACAGGGUCAGGGCUGCACGUUUAAGAUCAGGCAGGAUCAAAAUGCGGGGCAACAGCAUUUCAGAAUUCUUGUGACUCGGGGGCCAGAGGAAGCCCCUCCGAGUCCCGAGGAGAAUAACGCCGCCAGCCCUGGUUCCACGGGAGCCUGCGCCUCGACACGAGACGACUUCCUGGGACAGGUGGACAUACCCCUUAGUCAUCUCCCGACAGAAGAUCCAACGAUGGAGCGACCCUACACAUUCAAGGAUUUUCUCCUCAGACCAAGAAGCCAUAAAUCUCGAGUUAAGGGAUUUUUGCGAUUGAAAAUGGCCUAUAUGCCCAAAAACGGAGGUCAAGAUGAAGAGAACAGCGAGCAGAGAGAUGAGAUGGAGCCCGGCUGGGAAGUCGUUGACUCGAAUGACUCGGCGUCGCAGCACCAGGAGGAACUCCCCCCCCCUCCCCUGCCCCCCGGGUGGGAAGAAAAGGUGGACAACUUGGGUCGCACUUACUAUGUCAACCACAACAACCGGACCACCCAGUGGCACCGACCCAGCCUAAUGGAUGUGUCCUCCGAGUCCGACAGCAACAUCCGGCAGAUCAACCAGGAGGCAGCGCAUCGGCGCUUCCGCUCACGCAGACACAUCAGCGAGGAUCUGGAGGUGGACCCCAGCGAGGGCGGAGACGGCCCUGAGCCCUGGGAGACCAUUUCGGAAGAAGUGAGCAUCAGUGGAGAUUCCCUCAGCCUGGCGCUGCCUCCACCACCCGCCUCGCCUGUGUCUCGGACCAGCCCCCAGGAGCUGUCUGAGGAGCUGAGCAGACGGCUUCAGAUCACUCCGGACUCCAAUGGGGAGCAGUUUGGUUCUUUGAUUCAGAGAGAACCUUCCUCGAGGUUGAGGUCCUGCAGUGUCACCGACGCAGUCGCAGAGCAGGCUCAUCUGCCGCCGCCCAGUGCCCCAGCUGGGAGAGCACGUUCUUCAACUGUCACGGGUGGUGAGGCUCCAACGCCAUCAGUGGCCUAUGUACAUACCACGCCGGGCCUACCUUCAGGCUGGGAAGAGAGAAAAGAUGCUAAGGGACGCACAUACUAUGUCAAUCAUAACAAUCGAACCACAACUUGGACUCGACCUAUCAUGCAGCUUGCAGAAGACGGUGCAUCCGGAUCCGCCACAAACAGUAACAACCAUCUAAUCGAGCCUCAGAUCCGCCGGCCUCGUAGCCUCAGUUCGCCAACAGUAACUUUAUCUGCCCCACUGGAGGGUGCCAAGGAUUCACCCAUACGUCGGGCUGUGAAAGAUACCCUUUCCAAUCCACAGUCCCCCCAGCCAUCACCUUACAACUCCCCCAAACCACAACACAAAGUCACACAGAGCUUCCUGCCACCCGGCUGGGAAAUGAGGAUAGCGCCCAACGGCCGGCCCUUCUUCAUUGACCAUAACACAAAGACUACAACGUGGGAAGACCCACGCCUGAAAUUUCCAGUGCAUAUGCGGUCAAAGGCAUCUUUAAACCCCAAUGACCUUGGCCCUCUUCCUCCUGGUUGGGAAGAAAGAAUUCACUUGGAUGGCCGAACGUUUUACAUUGAUCACAAUAGCAAAAUUACUCAGUGGGAAGACCCAAGACUACAGAAUCCAGCUAUUACUGGUCCGGCUGUUCCUUACUCCAGAGAAUUUAAGCAGAAAUAUGACUACUUUAGGAAGAAAUUAAAGAAACCUGCUGAUAUUCCAAAUAGGUUUGAAAUGAAACUUCACAGAAAUAACAUAUUUGAAGAGUCCUAUCGGAGAAUCAUGUCUGUGAAAAGACCAGAUGUCCUGAAAGCUAGGCUGUGGAUUGAAUUUGAAUCAGAAAAAGGUCUGGACUACGGGGGCGUGGCCAGAGAAUGGUUCUUCUUACUGUCCAAAGAGAUGUUCAACCCCUAUUACGGUCUGUUCGAGUACUCUGCAACGGACAACUACACACUUCAGAUCAAUCCCAAUUCAGGCCUCUGUAAUGAAGAUCAUUUGUCCUAUUUCACUUUUAUUGGAAGAGUUGCUGGUCUGGCAGUAUUCCAUGGGAAACUUUUAGAUGGUUUCUUCAUUCGACCGUUUUACAAAAUGAUGCUGGGAAAGCAGAUAACUCUGAAUGACAUGGAAUCUGUGGAUAGUGAAUACUACAACUCUUUGAAAUGGAUCUUAGAAAAUGAUCCGACUGAACUGGACCUUAUGUUUUGCAUUGAUGAAGAAAACUUUGGGCAGACAUAUCAAGUGGAUCUGAAGCCCAAUGGGUCAGAAAUAAUGGUAACAAAUGAAAACAAAAGGGAAUACAUUGACCUAGUCAUCCAGUGGAGAUUUGUGAACAGGGUCCAAAAGCAAAUGAACGCCUUCUUGGAGGGAUUCACGGAACUGCUUCCUAUCGAUUUGAUUAAAAUUUUUGAUGAGAAUGAACUGGAGUUGCUGAUGUGCGGCCUUGGCGACGUGGAUGUGAACGACUGGCGACAACAUUCUAUUUACAAGAACGGCUACUGCCCGAACCACCCUGUGAUUCAGUGGUUCUGGAAGGCUGUGCUGCUGAUGGACGCUGAAAAGCGUAUCCGGUUACUCCAGUUUGUCACAGGGACGUCCCGAGUCCCUAUGAAUGGAUUUGCCGAACUUUACGGUUCCAAUGGUCCUCAGCUGUUUACAAUAGAGCAAUGGGGAAGUCCUGAAAAACUGCCCAGAGCUCACACAUGCUUUAAUCGCCUUGACUUACCUCCAUAUGAAACCUUUGAAGAUUUACGAGAGAAGCUUCUCAUGGCUGUGGAAAAUGCCCAAGGAUUCGAGGGGGUGGAUUAAGCACCCCCUGCCUCGGGAGGGUUGUUCUUCACGCAAGUCCUGCUUGCACUUUUCCAUUCGCCUAACAGACUCUGCAGAGACGCUGGCAGAGAGCAGCGCACAGCGCGGACUCCCGGAGCAGCGCCUUCGCCCGCGACUUGCCCGCGCGCCAACAUGGGAACCCAGUCCCAGGUCGCGUUCCUGCGUUUUCCACCACGAGUUACCAACUGGUUGAUGUGUAUACUAAUUACAUUUUAGGAGGACUUAUUCUAUUUAUGUUGUGCCUCUGUAGGCCAAGCCCUUAAUAAAUAUUUUACAUACUUUAUAAUGACAGCGAAUGGAAUUAAUCACUCUACAGGUAUAGUAUUACAACUCAUGUUUACUUUUUAAAAUGAUUUAGACCGAUUUGCAGAUUUUAUUUCACUACAAUUAAAGAUGUCUCAUGUACUUGGAAAAGUGAGCAUAUUAUUUUUUUGUAUUUGAAUUUCACGCCAGGUUUAAUGUCGGUGACAUUUUUAUCUUUCAAGUACUUGGACAGCCCCACGCCCUACCUGAUUACAUUGGAAGAAUGACUUUUGUCCAAAAGCCUUCUACAGACAAAUACUUGGAGAGAAUUUAAACCAUAACAUUAGGCAUCAUGGCGAUUUUUUCCAUGCUCAGAAUGAAAACAAACUGGAUAAUUACGUUUUUUGUGCAAAUUUAGCGUAAUAGCUGCAGGCUGAGAGAAUUGUAUCAUAGCAUGAUAAAAUUUGUGUUGACUUGAAGGAAUCACACCAUUAUUCCUUAGAAGUAAUUACGUGUGCUAGAACACAUUUGAGGCAGGGUUGGACUGUCAUUUCUCGUAAGAGAAGUUACUUAACCCUUCCUGCUGCUGUACAGUCCUUCUUCUGUCAUAUCUCCCUCUUUGCUGUUCUCAGUAGAGACACUUGAAUGAAACUUGGCACUGCGCAAUUUGAAACUGUGGGAACUAGGCCUGUGCGGUCUCCUGUUUGUACACGUUUGCCGACGGUAACUAAAUAACCAACUUUUGUUCUAACCGCGCCAAUUCUGAAGGCACUUGCUGUAUGACAUGGAGGUCAUAUCUGGUUUCUGGGGGGGUUUUGUCAUGAGCAUUGACUGUGAUGCUGAUUUCUUCCCUCUGCACACACCUUUCCGGUGCAAUAUCUAUCAAUUGUGAAUCUGGCUGCUGGUGUAUAAAACCUGGCUGUAAAGCUGAGCCUACAGACCUGUCCUCACCGAUCGUUUUGUGAUUUCUACGCCACUGCAAAGAUUAAUAGACAGUUCAUCUAACCGGGUUUUGUUCCCAGUGACACGU